GACUCGCACACUGCUCUUUUCUGUGUUUCUUCUUCUCCCCACCACCAUUGUUGUCGCCUCUUGUUGCUACCGUCUCCCCCCGUUCAGACACCGCCAACACCCCUCCGGCUACCACUUAUGUCACCAUAAAUCCACCGGUUUUUAUUCUGUGAUCGGCCAAACUCCGGGUUGUCGCGGCUGUCCCUCGUCUUCUUCGAAAAAUGGGGCCGCUAGCCGCCGCAGUCUGCCAAACCUGCGCCUUUAGCUUCGUGAUCUCAAAAUACCUUUCAAUCUUUGCAAAUUCCUUCAUAUUUAUCUAAUUUGGAUUUUCAAUUGUUCUCUUCUCCGAUUGAUUCGAAUGCGGAGAGGAUUUUCGAGAAUGAAUUUGCAUUGCUUCGAUAGAACAUUCAUCCGUUCUUCGCACUCUUUAAAUGCCGUUCAACUCCCUGCUCCAAUGGAGACACAUUUGUGGUAUGUGAACCCCAGCGAAGUGAAGAGUGAGUCUUUGCUAAAGCAAUACUUGGAUAUUCUGUCUCCGUGUGAGAGGGAGAAUGUGCUGCGGUUACAAGGAGAGGAGAUGAGGAAGAGCGCGUUGCUGGCACGUGCAUUGGUUCGCACCACGAUUGCCAAAUAUCAGAUGAACUCACCAGUUGAACCUAGAUCAUUGAAGUUCCGGAAAAACAUGCACGGAAAGCCUGAGGUUUGUUGGCCAUCAAUUGAUGAUUGGGAUCCACCUCCCUUGCAUUUUAACCUCUCCCAUACAUCUUCCUUGAUAGCUUGUGGAGUGACUAUUAAUUCUCAAAUUGGUAUUGAUGUAGAAGAAAAGAAACGGAGCAUUAAACACGACAUUUUAUCCUUUGCUCGUCGAUAUUUCUCCAAAUAUGAAGUUGAAUUGUUAGCUGCUAUUUCCGACCCUCAAGUCCAGCAAAGGGAGUUUAUCAAAUUAUGGACUCUCAAGGAGGCAUAUGUCAAAGCAUUAGGUAAAGGAUUUUCUGGUGCACCAUUCAAAACAUUCACUAUUCGCUUCCAGGGUGUAAUGGAAGGAGACUCUGAAGCUUUCGAUGAGUCAAGCACUAAGGGUUUUGAAAUAGUUGUGGAUUCUCUGGAUGAUCCAACCGAUGUUUCAAAUACUUGGCAAUUUUCGCUCUUGGAGUUGGAUGGUUCACAUUAUGCAGCUAUUUGCACUGAGAAGCAAUCUGCGUUAGAUGGCAAAAUAAAUAUUCCGGGUAAGCUGAUGGUGUGGAAGACAAUUCCAAUUAUAGAGGAUGAAUAUGUCUCUGGAACAGAUGCAGUCAAGGUGAUCUGUGGCUUUCAAUGAUCUGUGUGGGCAUUUGCAGCAAUUUGAUUGAUUGAAUUACAUGCAACUCAUCUUAUGUUAUAAAUUGCUUCAUUUACUCGUAAAGAAUUCUCUUGCAUUUUGCGAAUGACAGAAACAAACUAAGUGACAUGAAUCAAUUUGUAAAGCA